CCACCCUGAUCAUUGCCUCUUCGCCAUAAAUAUCUCCGAUUUCUUUGCCCAUAUUGGGCCAAUCCAUACAUAUACCUAUCUUCCCUUUUCGUCCCCUUUUCGUUCCUGCUCUGUUUUUCCCUCAAGUUAUGGCGAUCACGGAGCAUAGGGACAUUGAGAAGGGAGAUAACAAAGGGCUUGAAGAUUUGGUGGAGCCGCUUGUCGAAAAUAAGUCCAAAAAUGUCGAUAUUUCUGAACAUCAAAAUGAUUCGAUUACGAUGGUUCUUCUCAGCACUGCUGUUGCCGUCUGUGGGUCUCUCGAAUUCGGAACCUGUGUCGGAUAUACCGCUCCAACUCAAUCUGCCAUCGUCUCUGAUUUGAAUCUAUCGGUUGCUGAGUAUUCCCUUUUUGGGUCAAUAGUAACCAUUGGUGCCAUGAUUGGAGCUGUCACGAGUGGCAGAAUUGCAGACACGAUUGGUCGAAAAGGGGCCAUGGGUUUAUCUGCAGUGUUCUGCAUAGCAGGAUGGCUUGCAAUCUUCUUUGCCAUGGGAGCUUAUUCACUCGAUACGGGUCGAUUCUUCACUGGAUACGGCAUAGGAAUCUUCUCUUAUGUGGUUCCGAUAUAUAUCGCGGAAAUAUCACCAAAAGAUCUCCGUGGAGGGCUCACCACCCUCAAUCAGCUCAUGAUCGUGACUGGUUCAUCGAUAUCGUUUUUGUUGGGAACAAUUGUUUCAUGGAGAAUUUUAGCUUUAGUUGGACUCAUUCCGCCCGUUUUUCUGCUCGUUGGCCUACUGUUUAUUCCAGAGUCUCCUAGAUGGCUGGCGAAGGUAGGACUCGAACUAGAAUUCAACCAUUCUUUACGCAAGCUUCGUGGUAAAAAAGCAAAUAUUUCCGCUGAAGCUGAUGAGAUACAUGAAAGUAUAGUUGCUCUUCAAAGUCUUCCGAAAGCUAGAUUAUUGGAUUUGUUUGAUGCCAAAUACAUAAGACCCGUUAUUAUUGCUGUCGGAUUAAUGGUUUGUCAACAAUCUGGAGGAAUCAACGGAAUAGGAUUCUAUGCAAGCCAAACCUUCGAAACUGCUGGAUAUUCGUCGGGCAAAGUUGGAACCAUCCUUUAUGCGUUAAUUCAGAUUCCCGUGACGAUUAUUGGCGUGAUCUUGAUGGAUAAAUCAGGAAGAAGGGCUCUUCUUCUGGUAUCUUCAUCAGGGACUUUUCUUGGCUGUUUUCUUGCUGGAACUUCAUUUUACUUCAAGGACCAAGGAAUUUUCCUCGAGUGGGUCCCACUUCUCGCGGCCUCGGGCGUUUUGAUAUUCAUAGCCGCGUUUUCAAUCGGGAUGGGAGCGGUACCUUGGUUGAUCAUGUCUGAGAUAUUUCCACUGCACAUAAAAGGCGCGGCAGGGAGUCUCGUCGUGCUAGUGAAUUGGUUGGGUGCUUGGGUGGUUUCGUACAGUUUCAACUUCCUCAUCGUCUGGAGUCCUGCUGGUACGUUUUGGUUGUUUUCGGGAUUUUGUGUAGCAACCGUUGUGUUCGUAGCGAAAUUAGUUCCGGAAACGAAAGGAAAAAGCUUGGAAGAAAUUCAAGCCUCCAUCAACUCGUAAUAUUUUUUAUGGUAGUAGUCGUAGGUAGAUAUUUAACACCGUAACGCCGAAUUGGCAAUUGCGGUUUGUUCGAGUCGUUUUAAAAUUUUGCCUACUUCAGUUCAGGUAGUGUAAUAUGUUUAGAUAUAAAUUGAAUUCUUGUUUUUUCUACUAUAUUUAUAUGAAAUACAAAUUUGAUGA